AUUUAUUAAUAGAGCGGAAAAUACUUAACUGUAACAAGCUACAUUACACUGUCCCCGUUGGGGCGUGAGGGGGGACAAGACAAUAUUCAAUCGUUACUUUCGAAAGCCGAUUAUUUUUGCUUUCUGGCAUUAUUGCAGUGUUAACAGUUUCACAGUCACUGGGUAGAUGUUGCACACACACGGUUCGAAUGCAACAACGUUGUCUCAAUUAUUUGUUAACUUCUACAUCUGUGUUGUAGGAGACGUGUUUUUCCACGAUGCGUUAGACAUUGACGGAAUGGUUUAUUUUAUAUAGACCUUGGUAGCCAUGUUUGUUGCUAGCAUAGAUUCUAAAAUGGGGCGCCCUUUAUUACAAUGCACUUAUAUCCACAACAAUAAUCCAAAAUUAAGUUUAUACCAUACUCCUACUUUUGUGAUAGCAUUCAUGAGAUCACGGGUGGCUUCUUUUCGACAUUUUCCACAAAUUGGGUAGGGACACAUUAGAUAGCUAGUUUGCUAGCUAGCAAGCAAACAACAUUAGUCAUUAACGUUUGUUCUCACGAGCCAUUCACAUCUUGUAGGCUACAACUUACUAUUACACCCCCCUUUCGAUAGCUAGCAAUAAACGUUUUAUAUUACUUUACUUGCUAAGAAUCAACUGAAGUUGAGGAAAUUAGCCAGCUACAAUGUCGCCGAUGAUUUAACGUUACAUGCCUACCCUCACGUUCCGUCAAAUGUUAUUGUUCGAUUUGACAUUCAUAAACUAAAUAAUUUAUCGCAAAUUAAAGCUGAUUUGUUAAUGUUGCUAAUUCGUAGCAGUCAGCGAAUGUUUGGUUCCCGCCAUAUUAUUCACAACUACCACGAAAGCAAACGAAAUACUUAUUGAAACUGGCUAACCUCUACGUUCAGAUUCGGUAUUUUGUAUGUUAAUCAUUUAAAAUAUCUAAUGCUUCGGCUACCGACAAUCUCCGAAUAACGUGUUGGUCGUCGGCUCGUGCAAUAGCCUGCUUGAAUGACACGAGACAGAGGAAACUGCGUUCGGUGCGUGUGUUGCUAAAACUCUACGUUGACGCUCUCUGGUUUUCAUGCAAACAUUGAUAAAAGUAUUCUACAUUGAAAGUUAAUUUUAAGGGAUGAUUUUACGUAAUUACUGCAUGUAAACAGUCAUCCAUCUCCGGAGAGUUUAGAGAACUCUGCAUACUGUAUCUCAGGAAUCGCCAUGUUGUCAUUCUGCCGUCUUUGAAGCUCUGGAGAAAGGAGGCUCCAUCUUUGUUUGACUAAUUUCCGUUCUGAAUAUUUCCUUCGACGUUGUUUACGAAACGGUGAUCUAAUGUAACGAACUGUUAUAUCGGUCGUUCGCUCGACGGCUAGGCGAUCCAUUUCCCCAAUAAAUUCGAUUUGAAAAUAAAAAAGUGUAUCUUUACAGGGUAUAUUUGCAAUCCUUUCCAUUGCUGUAGGGUAGGUAAUGGCGGGCAGUCAGGCUUCUCUUGCAGGUCCUCAACUGCACGGCAGCGCUUAAAAGGGCAAUGGCUAGCCUGUAGCGAGCUUGCUAACAAAAAGCAUUGCAUGUGUCAUUAGUGACUGAACAGCGGGCAAGUGAAGGUAGAACUGUAUUGUGCGGUUCUUCCUCGUGGCAGCUGGUUUAAAGAAACAACCGCGGUGCCUCGACAUAAAACAUCAUGCAACCGAAUACCUUUAUUGAUGGCUCCACUCGACAACCUUAUCAAUGUUUCACUUUGCAUCAAUGUUUCACUUUGCCACUGUGCGAAUCAUGAUAUUUGACGUUCAGCGUUAACUUUCUUCAACCCUUUUAUCGAGCUUUUGGUUGCGUAACGACUGUCCCUCACGUGAACUUUUUAAACGAUGAGAUUUUGUUGUGAGGAAUUGAAAUGUUGCAAGUAUUCACACAUAAAUCAGGAAAACGUACGAGAACUUGUCCUGGAUAACUGCAGAUCAAAUGAAGGGAAAAUCGAAGGUCUCACAGCAGAAUUCGUCAAUCUGGAAUUCCUCAGUUUGAUAAACGUUGGCCUAAUCUCAGUCUCCAACCUUCCCAAACUUGGGAAACUCAAAAAGUUGGAACUCAGUGACAACAGAAUCUCUGGUGGCCUUGACGUGCUAGCAGAGAAACUCCCCAACCUCACACAUCUAAAUCUAAGCGGAAACAAACUGAAAGACAUAAGCACGUUGGAACCUUUGAAAAAGCUGGAUGGCCUGAAGUCUCUAGACUUGUUCAAUUGUGAGGUGACCAACCUGAACGACUACAGGGAGAGUGUGUUCAAGCUGCUCCCUCAGCUCACCUACCUGGACGGGUACGACGUGGAGGACCGAGAGGCAUCCGACUCGGACGGAGAGGUCGACGGUGUGGACGAUGAUGAUGAUGAGGAAGAUGAGGAGGGAGAGGAGGAAGACUUUGAUGAGGAGGAUGAUGACGAUGAAGAGGGAGUAGAAGGAGAGGAGGAAGAUGAGGUCAGCGGCGACGAGGAGGAGGAAGACCUUGGCAUUGAAGGUGAAGUUGAAGAUGAGGAUGAUGAGGACGAUGAUGAAGAGGAAGUUGAGGCUGUCAAAGGCGAGAAGAGAAAGCGAGAACCCGAUGAUGAAGAUGACGAUGAUGAUGACGACGAGGACGACGAUUAAGAGCAAAAAACAAGAGCCUGUCAAGUUACCAACCCCUUCCCUCUCCACCCUUACACCCUGCCUACGCCACGCCUCUCCUCUCCCCCAGCUUUGAGCCCCCGUGUGGGAAAAGACUGUACCGGAUGGGUGGUCCGAUGGAACCGAGAGCCAUUCCCAAGGUUCUCAAGCAGCGCACCACUCCGCAUUCCACAAUUUCACUGUCAACUCCCCCUUUAUGUAUACCUGUGUGAGGACUUUGGGACUGGUAUCUAGUUUUGGGUCUGUGCUUUUAAUAUUUUGUUGGAUGAACUCUGAAUUUAUAUUUUAUGUUGUUGAAUUUAUUAUUUCUUCCCCCUCUUCUUUUGUCUUUGUUUUAUUUUCCGUUCCUUAUCCCCCCAAUAAAAUGAUUGCUAUAGCAGCUGUGUGAUAAGCGAGCUAUGAUUUUUUUGUAGCCGCCUGUUGCACAAAUCAAGGUUGUAGCUACAUUUUUACUUCCUGUAUGACCAAACUACUUUGUAAAUAAAAUGUUACAAUUUUA